AUGUUGCGCAUUCAUAGAGUAUCUCCGAAGUCCGUAGCCCUCGUUACGACUCUCACGUUCACUCUAGUUCUGUUGAGCGUGAGACUUCAACUCCUCCAGAGACUGACAUUCCUGGAUACGGACCCGGACUUCAGCGCAUUCGAUAAUAGAGUCGGGGCUCCAUUUCCGAUCGUUCCGAACACUGUGCAUUUCAUCAAAUCAGGGAACAAUUCUUUCUCGUUCACCGACUUGAUAUGCGUGCGAGCCGCGUGGUUGAAUCAGAGACCGGAUUCUAUACAAGUGCACUGCGAUCGCUGCGAACACCUAAAGACGGGUCAUUAUUGGUCGGAGAUUUCGAAAAUACCCGGACUUCAACUCGUUCCCGAGGAACUGCCCACUCACGUAUUUGGUCGGAAACUGAGCUCCGUAUAUCACGCGGCUGACGUACUACGGCUACAGAUUCUCUCGUCGGUGGGAGGGAUCUUCCUGGACCUCGACGUCUUUGUCGUCAAAAAUCUGAAUGAUUAUCGACGCUACGAAAUCUCGAUAGGGGUUCCGCCGAAACAAUAUCUAGGAACCCAGGUGAUAGUUGCACACCCUCGAGCUCGAUUCUUGAAGCUCUGGCUCGAUUCUUACCGUUUCUAUCGAGCGGAUAAAUGGUACUACAAUGCCGGCGAGCUCCCUACUACGUCCAUACUCUUGAAAAACCCCGCUCUCGUUCAUAUCGUGCCGUGGGACUUCGGCGUUCACAUGUUAGUAGUUCAAAUAUUCGGCGUGUGUUCAUCCCAUUGGCGUGACUUCCACGCCAUCCAUCUUCUGUCUCGACACCGGCAUUACCUCGUGAACGACACGUCCGCUCCGAAGAAAUUCGACGAAGUCAACAUCAAAACCUACAAUAAGAGCUUCGGAGAAAUGGCUCGAUACGCUCUCUAUGGAGAAACGCACCUCAUUCUCGAUGAUCGGAAUAUCUCCCGGAUCGAAGACGUCGCCAAGGUCGACCUGUCGGCUCUGCCUCACUGGUGUGACGAUCACUACGCCACCGAAGGUGACUGGCGAUCCGCAAAACCUAUGCCGAACCUCGAAUGA